AAGAAAAUCAAAGAUAUUGUUGAACAAUUAAAAGAGGGUGACAAGGAAAUGAGUCGCACCAAGGCUAUCAUCCAAUUAGCCAACAUGAUGGAACGUACUCAAGAUCACAAUAUUCCUAUCCUUCAAAUACUCAUCAACUGUGUCACCAAAUUAUCCAAGACUGAAAAGAAUUACAUUGUCAAGGAAACCGAGCUCAUCACUAAUUAUUUGGAUCCAGUAAUAAGUCCUAUGUUUCAUGAUCCCGAUAACAAUCGUCUUUUCCGUUGGUUAAAUCAGAAGAACAAUGCUGAUACAAAAGAAGAAAGUACACGGCCCGAUGGCGGUAUGACUGUUGUUAAUCAACUUCAAAACGUCUACGCUCUUGGAUUUGUUGAGGUGAAGGCGAUUGAUGCGUGUGGAAACUGUACAUUGACACAUAUGGAUACCCUCCGGUUGGCAAUCUUUUGUAAAUCGACGUUGGAUAAGGAUGACGUUAAAUGUGCGAUAGGUGUUCAAGCUGUUGGGACUUAUGUAACAUUUUUUCUUUGCACCAUUGAGCAAGAGGCAUUAUAUCCUUUUGUGAAAAUCGGACGAUUGGAUGUCCCUACCUCGUUCGAAAACCUUCCAAGCUUUUUAUCACAACUCGAUACCUGUGCACGUAUUAUCAACACUUACAAUACUUUUUGCGUAAAACGACGACAAGAAGAAUCCGCACGUUCAAUGAUUAGACCAAGUUUAACUCAAGCACAACUGAUGGAUGUUUUACAUCUUAAAGCUUCAGAUACCUCACCUACUUUAAAGCUUACGCCAACUGCUUAAAAUCUACACACAAUACAUAACAACUUCCUUUCCCAGUAUGUAAUCCUUCCUCGUUUUUAUAAAAUGCGCAACCCAUCCACUUUUUUUUCCGAAUAUGCGAUUCACUCACUUCAUUUUACCACAUGUAAAGCUUCGUUCUUUUUUUCAAACUCAUAUUCAAAUAUCAUCAUACAUCUCGCUUUUUAGUGACAAAUAUACUGUAAAUAACAUUUAUUCUAUCCUUCAAUCUGAC